GUUAGCAUGACCGAGGUGGAACCCGUGCUGGAUUUCGCAUCCUCCGGCAGGACGGGCCGGCGCAAUGCCCUGCCCGACAUCCUGGGCUCGCCCGCCGGCGUCAGCCCCGCCGACCUGCCCCUCAAACUGGCCGAGAUGUCCCUGAGCGCAGGCAGCGCCCAGGACAUGCAGUCACCCUCGGCGGAGGCGCCCCCUCCGCAGCCCCCCAGCCCCGAGCUGAAGGACACGUCCUAACCCGCCCGGGAGGGACAUUUGUGAGCGGCGGAGGAAGGAGGAGGCUGCGGAGCAGCAGCCCGGCUUUCCCGGCACGGCCGGGAUUCCCUCGGUGCUGCCGCAGCGAGACCCUGGAGCGUCCCCCGGCCGCGGGGGAGCCGCGCGUGGCGGGGACGUGCGGGGACACGGAGGGGACCUGCCGUGAGCAAGGGCCGGUCCCCAGCCGCGCCCUGCGCCAGGACUCGGGGGGGCGGGAAUGCUUUUGCCUCCCCGGGGGGAGGAAUC